AUGCCCAUAGACGUAUCGGAUUCAGAUGGUUUAGGAGAAUUUCUUCAGAUUGAGCAGAUGGUGUCAGGGGAAGACCCCGAUGUGCUUCGAAAGUUCGCUAGAGACUUUGCAAAAGAAUCACCCCCUCCACACAAGCUGCGGCACGAUCUCACAGGGAGCUGUAUAGAUAUUUCAGACGAUACUGACUUGGACGCAAAUCCAUAUCCAUUAGAUGGACUGUAUACCGCAGAAGGUGCCCCGCGACAACAGCGAAUUCUCACAAGACAUAACCUAUUAUCAGAGCGCCCACAGGUCGGCGAAUCUCAAAGUUAUGACUUCGAAAAUGGGUAUUCUCCUGGACCUGAUUCCAGACUUGCCCAUUCAGCUUUGGGAGCAACAGUGGAGCAAGAUUUUCUGGCAGACCUUGACGUCGAGGACGAUAUUAUAUCUGUUGACCCGCAUAUUGAGAAUGAUACUGAUGCCAAGGCACACAUGGACAACGCCGCUAAGUUCUUAUCCGAUAGCCAUUAUCAAAGUGCUCCAGACUUUGGGGAAACAUAUACCCAUAAUCGAGAAGAUUUACUUAGCAAUUCCUACUUCCAGGCUGUAGAGAGACAAUCGGAUAAUUAUGCAGCAGUAAAGGACCCGCACUCAAGCCAUGAUAAUUGUGAAGAAAGUGAGGAUUUAGAGUCCAAGUUUCAUGCAUCCAUUAGGAAAAAUAGCUUAGCGGGAAUUGAAACAGACCUUGCCUCUGUUGAUGAAGAAGGUGUCUCCACUGGAACGGUAGUUCACCUACCUAAAUUUCUUACUCUAGAAUCAGUGGAGAAUAGCAACACAAUAGUCCGCAUGAAGUCAAACUCCACUGGGAUUAGUCGUUUCUUAGAGGCUGAUGAUGUCAGAAAGCAGUCGGAGGUCCCUGACGGGCCUGCAGAUUUUAAUGCAGCUCGCGACCAGAGUGCACCUACGUCUGUCCAGAGUCAACAACGACAGCAACAAAUUGCUCUUCCCCCAGCCAGUGCAGAUGACCGCAUUGACGAACAGCUUCGAUUGAUGGAGAGGGAAAUCAACAAGUUAACAGAUAUGCAAAAGGAGGUCGACGAGUCCUUGAAAAAGAACGCCGCAGAGCAUACUGAACGAAUGCGUAAGCUAGAGGCAGACAAGGCGGAAUUUGACAGAAUCAGGAAGGAGGAAUGGGCAAAGAUAAAGAAGGAGAAACAACAACUAGACGACCGCCGAACGGCUUUUAAAGAUAAAGAUAGCAAAUUGAAAGAGCUUACAGCAGAAUUAGAGAAGCACAAGACCAGCAAUCAGAAGUUAAGGGAGGAUAUGCGCCGCAAAGACAACAACUCGCGGCUAACUUCAGAACAAUUGCGCUCAAAAAUCGACACUCUUACAGAGGAAAAUAACAAUUUAAAGAAGCGGUUGGAACUGAGUGAUAAGGCAGCUAUUGAAAUGCGCCAGAAGAUUCUUAACUUGGAAAAGCUGAAUAAAAUGCUUCAGAUUCAAGCUCGUUCUGAUACUUCUGAUAGAGAACCGUCUUCUAGAGCUAUGAAUUCCCCACCAAGACGUCAAGGUCCAGCUGCAGCUCCGCUAAAUGUCCAUGUGAGUGACACGGAGCAAGAGAAUGACUCCAUGGUCACUGUCAAUAAGCCACUGAGGGCAGACAUACCUAAUAAAACUCUCUCUAACAUAACAAGUAGUCCUGGAAGAAACCUUAGCCAGACGCUGAACCACGAUUGGCGGGGCCAAAUUACAAAGGGUCGGCCAAUCAGCGCUGAUAUAGAUUCCAUAAGUCCUAAAAGGAACCCUGCACACCUUAGUGCAACGGCUCGCCCGGGAUCCUCGCACGUAUCAUUUAAGGAACAGGUAUCCUCAUCAAUUCAACAGCCCAGACAGCCUAUCGCACUACCGAAGGCAACCGUGGGGGCGCCUUCCAGACAAUCGCUUUCUAUGCACGCACCAGAGAACGAUGAGGUUCUCAAAUUACUGCCGUACAGCACCCCGGAUUUGUUCUUCCGACAAUUUAACGACAGUGUCCUGGCUUACGUGAAGGAUGCUCAAAUACUAGAGCAGCAUACAAAGAAUCAACGUGUGGAUAAAGUGCUUUCCACUGGCGCUACGCUUACCGAAUUUGAUAAUGGAACAAUGAAGCUACAGAUACCGCACAGAGGAGAGAUAAACAUCAAGUUUCAAAAUAAUGACCUGAAGCAGCUACACAGCGAUGGCAAGAUAGUCUAUUUUUACCAUGAAAAAGGUAUUCUAAUGACUACAAUCCCAGUGGUUCUUAUAAAUCCAUCUGCUGCAAUCAGCAAGGACGAACGCAUCAGUGUGUAUAGAUUCAGCUCAGGGCAGAUUGAGAAGCACUAUGCUGACAAUCGCAAGGAGGUUUACUACCCAGAUGGGUCUAAGAAGUAUGUCGCAGCUGAUGGAUCUGAGCAUUCUAUUCUAGCUGACGGCACUGAGAGUCACUACACUCCUUAG